AACGUCGACUGCCCCCACUUUUUGCGUGUGUGACUUUUAAAUACCGUGGGCGGGGCGUGUUAUGCAGAUGAGGAGCGGGCGCGAGCCGGACGGGUAGGAGGACGCCGGCAAACAGCCGCCUGAGGUGGAUUCAGUCAGAGAAGAGUCGCCGCCGCCAACCGACCUGACGUACUCUAAGCUGGAAGCGAAGGGCUGAGGGAGGGUCUUGCUGCCACGGCGCUCCUGGAUCCCUUCACAUCCUGACCCGAGAGAGAGAGAGAGCCUCACCGCCCUUCACACGAGGGGAGCCCGGCCCCGCGGGGAAUAUGGCUAGUGUCAGAAAUGGAACCGAAGGAACGAGCGCAGGAGGAGGAGGAGGCGAAGAGGAAAGCUUUGAGGAUGCCUUUGAAAACAUCCCCGUGGCCACCAAGAUGGAUCUGAAGUGUUCUCUGGAAGAGUGCACGAUGGCACUGAACUUAUUUCUGAACAACAAAUUCUCGGAAGCUCUGGAAUUGCUUCGUCCCUGGUCUAAAGGUAGCAUGUACCAUGCCCUAGGGUAUAGUACUAUUUUAGUUAUGCAGGCUGCUAUGACCUUUGAGCAACAGGAUAUCCAAAUGGGAAUCGCUACAAUGAAAGAAGCUCUACAAACUUGCCAAAAAUUCAGGAAAAGGAACACAGUAGUAGAAUCAUUGUCCAGUUUAGUUUCGAAGCAGUCCGUAGAUCAGCUGAAUGAAGAGGAAAUGCAUGCAGAAAUCUGCUAUGCUGAAUGUUUACUACAGAAAGCAGCACUGACAUUUGUACAGGAUGAAAAUAUGAUCAACUUCAUCAAGGGUGGCCUCAAAAUCAGGACAAGUUACCAAAUAUACAAAGAAUGCCACCAGGUUCUUCAGAUGACCCAGGGCAGCAAAAACAAGAAUGAAACCUACUACCAGUUUGAAGGGGGCGUGCAGCUAGGAAUAGGAGCAUUCAAUUUGAUGCUGUCCCUUUUACCAGGAAGAAUCCUCCGACUUCUAGAAUUUAUUGGGUUUUCAGGCAACAGGGAGGUGGGUCUCCAGCAGUUACGGGAAGGAGCUUCUGGUGCCAGUCUGAGAGCCAUACUGUGUACUUUCACCUUGCUGCUAUACCACACUUACGUUUCAUUAAUCCUAGGAACAGGGGAAGCCAACCUUUUAGAAGCAGAGGCCCUCCUUCAGCCUUACCUUCAGAAGUUUCCAAAGGGUGCCAUCAUUCUGUUUUAUGAUGCCAGAAUAGACAUAUUGAAAGGAAAUUUUGAAAAGGCUCAGGUCACAUUCCAGGAAUGCAUUGCAGCCCAGCAAGAGUGGAAGCAGAUCCAUCACCUUUGCUACUGGGAGCUGAUGUGGUGCUAUUCCUUCCAGCAGAACUGGCUUCAGGCAUAUCGGUAUGCAGAUCUGCUUUGCAAAGAAAGCAGGUGGUCAAAGGCAAUAUACGUGUUCCAGAAAGCUGCCAUUUUGUGUAUGCUUUCAGAUGCUGAAGUGAGAACAACAGGAGAAGACAUUGUAGCUUUGUUUAGGCAGGUAGAAGGCCUGAAGCAAAGAAUUGCAGGAAAAUCCAUCCCAACGGAGAAGUUUGCUGUGAGAAAGGCUCGACGCUACGGAGGCUCUCAGCCUGUGAAGCUCAUAGUGCCUGCUCUGGAAAUGAUGUACGUCUGGAAUGGCUUUUCAAUUGUUGGCAUGAGAGCUGACCUCACCGAGAAUUUACUAGUAACAAUUGAAAAAGAAGAAACGGCUUUAAAAAACGAAACCAAUCACAAUGAAUACUACAUGGAUGACAUCUGUCUGCUACAACUGCUAAAAGGUCUCUGUUUGAAACAUUUAGGAAGAUGCUUACAAGCAGAACUCUGCUUCAAUCAAGUUAUUCAAAGUGAGAAGCAGCUGAAGUAUGAUAAUUACCUGAUACCAUACACGAUGUAUGAAUUGGGUCUUCUGUACAAACAACAGGAUGAAAGAGAAAAAGCAAUAAGAUUCAUAGAAGCUGCAAAAAACAAUUACAAGGAAUAUUCCAUGGAAUCUAGGUUACACUUCCGAAUCCACGCAGCUCUUAAUAGUAUGAAAGUGACUCCUGCUCCAACGCCUUGAUGUCAUUUGAGGGUGAUGCAUAACACAAGUGUCUACAAGUUACUGCUUGGAAGCCUACAGAAAUCAUGUAAAUGAUGUAACAAAAGAGAUGUAGUUUAUAUUUUCUAUCAUUUGUGAUAUUUGAAUGUUCGUCACCCCUUUUGAGCUGCUUCUUUUUUCUAUGGCGCACUUCCAUAUCUCCGCUUCACAUUUUAGAGGGAAAAAUCUUAUAUUUUGUUUAUAAAUGGAUUAAUUUAAAGCUUGACGUGAAAGGAGAGUAUUUUAUAAAAAUAAAAAAAAAUUGCUGGUGCAAUAAAAGAGGAAUUCAAACACUUUAUUUUUUUAUGCAAAGACUAAUAUUGUUUAUGUGCGGAACUAUGCGAUGGUUCUGUUCGUAGUUUCAGCAGUCCAUGAAGGCUUGAAUGUCUGCAAUACUUUUAUUAUGAAUUAAGACUGAGAAAGUUGGCUGCCGGUAGCCAUAGUUGUAUAUUUGGAUUUAAAGCUUAGAUUUACGUACCAAAGACAUGACUUUUCAUAUUGUAGCCAAAAGGUGAAGGACUUACGAGUCAUUUCAUGAAUGUUAGCUUGAAUUCUGUGCAAUAUACUGACAAUAUUCAGCUAAACAAAAUUAGGGAAAGAGAUGGGGGUUUCGCAGGGUUGCCCUCCAAAGCCGUGUUUUUUUACAAUACGCAAAGUCAGUUGUGUAGCGUUAAAGGGGGGCAACCCUUGGAUAAUGGUAGCAAUUCAGUCAUUUCCCCCAUAUCUAGAUAUAUUUAAUUAAGGGAUGUCACUGGGAGUGAACUGUACAAUGAGAAAAUACAUUUCUACUGUCCUGUGGACAUUUGACAGCCCCUCAGUUCUCACCACCAAAUGUCAUUUGAUUCUGAGAUUCCUGUAAUUUUUUUUGAGGGAAAUUGCAAUUUCAUUGUGAACGAUUCACAAGGAAAUUGACGCUCAUAAAUACAGCCAGCAUUGCUGUACCUUUUUAAAUACAGUUCUGUGGUAAUGCAAUUAAACUUUCUUAUUUUCCAGUUCAUUCCCUUAUUAAUACAACCAUCUUAUGUGUAUUGUGCUAUGGAAUCUGGAGACAGAUAGUGUGCACAUUCUCUCAGAAAUGUCCCUCUGUCAUUUUUUAUUUUUGGUCUUUUUCUCAGUAUAAUUCAAUAUGCCAGAAUGCAAGUCCUACUUCUGUUAGUGUAAAGGACCAAAGUCGUCUGUCGUGAACAUACACUGUUUAUUAUUGUGUAUUUACAGUGUCAUGGUCAGCAUCUGAUUAUAUCACACUCACUCAAUGAACUUAAGUCAACCAAGGCUAAAUCCACAGAUUUCAAUGGGUCUCCUCUGAGUAGGAUGUAAUCAGGUGCCUCCCCAUAGUGUCAUUACGCAGUUUAAGGUAACUUCUUUUUUCUUCUUUGGAACUCUGUACUUCGGUUAUUAAUUUAUAAGCUGCUAAAUGAAUGGCAAAGUUGGACCAUUAAUUUAUGAGCUGCUAAAUUAAUGGGGAAAUUGGACUAUAAGAGAUUUGUAUUUUUAAAAGAUGAUCUAGGAUCGCAGUUGUGCUAAUUGAUACUGGACCCACAGUCCACAUUCAUAAGCAACAGCUGCAGGAGUCAAAGGACAAUUCAGUCUAGGUUUCUCAGCACAGCUUCCUAAACUUUAGCAAAUAGGUUUUCUGUUGAAAGCCAACAGCCUUUUUUUUUUUUUUGCCAUAUUCUGCAAUAACUUUUGCCACCUGCUCCUUCUCAACUUUUAAUGUUCUCUGUUUGGUGGCACUCCUAUUUCUCUUUGGGCAUUUUAAGAUGACUGUAAUAGAAUUUCAGGGUAGCGGGUCUGCCUAGUAACAUUCAGGAUAAAUUCAAAUAGGAAAGAGAGUUCAUGCCACAUCCGAGGAUCGUUUUGCAAACCACCUUUUCAGAUUUGAGUUGUUCAUACUUUUGCCAAGAAAAGCACAUACAAAUUCUGGCGCUUAUGGCUUUUUUGGUUUCAAUCCAUGAGACAGGCUUCAUGUUCAUCACAUUAUUUUCAGUUCCAAUAUGAGGCUCGCAGACAAGCAGUUGCGAUCUAAAAAUACAUUUUAUUAUGUUUGCUAACUAGUGGCUGUCUUAAUCUUACUGUUUCUGAACGACUCAUGCCAUGUAAGCAUUCUUAAAAUAUCAUUGCGAAUUAGAACUCUUUUAUGUGUCCAGGGUUUUAUGUACAAAGUCUCAUUAAUAUCACUGGGUUACUUAAUCCAUCCUAUUAGACAAGAACAUGGUAAACAUGUGGAGUCACUUUUAGUUUUAAAUAAAUGUUCUGUUAAAUAUAGGGAUGCAGUUAUUCAAGAUGCUUAAAUCAAUCCUACGUAUCAUUUUGCAUUAAAUUAUUAUGACAAUUA